AUGAACGAAAAUUGGUUUUGUGAACAAAUCAGUAAUUUAAAUAUCCAGGAAAAUCGCCUGACCGCUUUAUCUGAAAUUCGAAUGCGUUUGUACGAAAUUAGUGAAACUUCAGACGCUCAAUUGGAAGCACAAAUUAGAGAACGUUUACUCAACGCUCCAGAAUUUAUUGAAUGUCUAAAUUGUAAAACUGAGGUCAAAGAACAAUGUGAACUGACUGCUGAUAUAUUGGCAAUAUGCAUGUCACACAUGAGCCUCGGACAAAGUACCCUACCGACAAUAUUGGAGCUGACCCUGACGCAUCCACGAGCUAGUAUAAAAGCUGUUGUUUUGAACACAAUUUUAAAACAAUUAGAAAGACGGCGAAACAGCAAUAGAAAUGUUCAAAUAUCUUCUGAACUUCUCUUUCACAUUUUAAAUGGAUUAAAGGAAGAUAACAGCAAAGUCGGAGUUCCAGCGAUUGCAAUAUUAACUAUAGUUCUAGAACAACAUAUCAAUGAUGAAGGCGUUAAACUCAAAUUAUUGAAUAUGUUGACACUUAAUGAAAUUGUUAAGUGUCGCGUUUAUGAAUUAGCUGUAAAUCUUGCCAAGCAAUCGCCAACUAUGCUUCAUCAAGUUGAAUUUCUGCUCGAUCGAGCUUUGUCAGAGCUUGAUAAUGAUGAUGUGCUAUUUCAAGUAAAUAUUCUUGAAAUACUAGUUGCACUAGCAGAACAAAAUCAUGGGUUACUAUAUAUGGAAAAUAGACAAGUUUUCGAAAUAAUAAGCAGGCGUGUUGAAAAUGUUGACCAAAACCCAAUCGACCAAUUACUCAUUCCAGGAAUUAUGAAAUUUUUCGGCAAAACCGCGUCAGUGCAACCUCAGAAAGUAAUUGUUGAUUAUCCUCAUAUGAUACAAUGUCUAUUCGAAAGCAUUCUUUCUGGAAAUAUGUCAAUACUACCAGCGGCAUUUGAUACAUUUGCGAAUCUCAAUCAAACAACGAAAGGAAAACAACUAUUGGAACAAAAUUAUCCAGCGUUGAUUAAAGAAACCUUUGAGGCUAUGGGUUCGUAUUUGAGAAACCUCUCCACAGAUUUGAAAAACCGAGCAUUUAACACAUUGGAAAUGGUUUUUUCGACCGAAAGUUCUAAUCAAACUGAUAUAGAGGAAUUGCUUCAAAAAUGGUUCAAGUAUUUAGCUGGAGAAGAAAGUAUGCAAUUUCUGAUGGACUACUGUCGAAAUCCGUUUCCUGAUAUCAAAGUAGCAUGUCUAAGCUUCAUUAAAUCCCUUUGUACUCAUAAAUGGGGAUUACUAGCAUUAAGAAACACAGCUGGUUUUGUUGAAUUUUUACUUGAUCGAAAAAUUGAGUUUGACAAAGACGCGAAAUACAAAAAAUUCGAGUUAAUCAGUCUUUUGGCAGAUACUGAUGUUUUUGAUAUGCAAAUUAAUCUACAAUUGCGCACUUAUAUUAAUGAAGGUCCCUACUUCGUGCAAAGUAUAUUAGACAUAGCUACGGAAGGCAAUUGAUGGAUGCAUAAUAAAAAUAUAAUUGAGAAUUA